GGAUCAAGCCGGCCGUUUCUCGGCGGCAGUCAUCGCUUGACAACGCCUCCUACGUUGCUGUCUGUUGCUGCAUCAUCAUGGACCACCAGCCCGUCUUGUCUUCGGCGUCUGAGAGCGUGGACUCGCCCUACGCGGCCGAAGUUACAGACGGCAACGAUGAGAUGCCACCCGUGGACGUCAACACGUACGCCACCAGGAAGACGUUUGCCCAGGGUUGCCUCGUCGUCGCCCUGUUCGCAGUGAAUGCGGCGCAGCUGAAGCACACUCUAGAGCGGGGCAUUACACGGCACCCCUUUUACACCCUAGUCAUAUCGCUUGCCAGCGUAUCCAUCGCAUUACAGGUUGUCGUUGCAGUCCUGCUGAUUCUGCUCGGAUGUCUGGACCUCAGCAAACCACGCCAUCGGGGCCCUGCGGUCGUGCUCAACAACGUUACGACGGCGUUCGUCGUGUCAGUGACGAUUGUCAACGUCCUUUGCGCUGCAUUCGAUCUGACCCACAGUGACUACGAGUCUCGGAUACCGACGGCCCUCCCCGCAACCGAGUCGUACCUCGAGCUUACAACGCAAGGCCUUUGAAACGGCCGCUCGUACGUCUAUCGUGAAGGGUGGAUCAAUAAAGUUAGGAAAAGAAUAAACCUUCGUUUAGAGCAAGCCCACCGGGCGCUCUUGA